ACCUGAGCCGAAGUCGGCCGCCUAACCAACGGAGCCACCCAGCUACAGAAUCUGGUUCACGUCCUAGCUGUUCUGUGGACAGAGGUCCAGCAAUGGCCAAACCACACAAUCUGUGGGAGGUGAGUCCUCAGACUCUUGGAGGCCUCAGAAGUACAGAUGAACAAAGCACCUGGACCUGCUUUGGAGGGUCUCACCAUGAUCUGAGGUGUGUCCCUUGUGCUGUUUGAUUCCUCAUCUCCACAGCAAGAGCAGGAACCAUACCCCACUCCGGGGCACUGCCAAUCUCACAAAGGUGGUGAGAAUCACCAUGGGGAAGCAUUACCCCUCUGCAGACUGGGACAGCUUCUGGGGCAACCUCCAUGGCCAUAUAAAGUCCAUGAAGACUUGAGAUGUUUCCUAAGAAGGGAAGACACCCACUGAAGACUGAGGAGAAUGAAAAGAGAACAGGAGCAGAAAUGCCCCAUAGUGAUGGCAAAGUGUAUUCGUUACCUAUUGCCGUGUAACAAAGUAUUCCAAGCCUUAGCCGCGGCUUCAAACAGCAAGCAUUAUUCCACAGAGGUUCUCAGAAUCCGGAAUCAGAAGAGUGGCAUUAUCUGGGUCUGGCUCAGGGCUCCUCAUGAAGCUGCAGUCAAGAUGUCAUCAGGGCUGCCUCAUCCGAAGGCUGGAAUGAAGAUGUGGGGCCUGUUUCUAAGAUUGCUCACACAUAGCUGUUGUCAGGAGGCCUCAGUUCUCCACCACGUGGGCCUCUCCACAGCCUGCUGGAGUGUCCUCCUCACCUGGCAGCUGGCUCCCCCCGGGGGUGAGAGCCAAGAAAGAUCAGGAAGAAGCUACAAUACCUUUUGUGAUCUAGCCUCAGAUGUGACAAGUCACUUCUACCAGGUAGUAGAUUCUUUGGAAGCAAGUGACUAAGUCCAGGCCACACUUGAAGGAAAAUUAAGCUCCACCUCUUAAAUGUCUUUGGGUCUGGAAGCACUUGAAGUCCAGGAGCUGAGUGCUGGGAAGCGCUGGAAAGCUUCAGGGAAGUUCCUCAGAAUUGCUAAAAGAAGAUUAUCUCCAGAACCUUCCUUCCCUGGGAGAGGAGAGUCUACACACUGUGAAACUCAAGAUGGUCCUGAGUGGGGCGCUGUGCUUUCGGAUGAAGGAUGCAGAAUUGAAGGUGCUUUAUCUGCAUGAUAACCAGCUUCUAGCUGGAAGGCUGCAUGCAGGGAACAUCAUCCAAGGCGAGGAGAUCAGUGUUGUCCCCAAUCGGUCUCUGGACGCCAAGCUCUCUCCAGUCAUCCUGGGUGUCCAGGGAGGGAGCCAGUGCCUGUCAUGUGGGACGGGGCAGGAACCGACUCUGAAACUAGAGCCAGUAAAUAUCAUGGAGCUCUACCUCGGUGCCAAGGAAUCCAAGAGCUUCACUUUCUACCGGCGAGACACAGGGCUCACCUCCAGCUUUGAGUCAGCUGCCUACCCAGGCUGGUUCCUCUGCACUGUGCUGGAAGCAGACCAGCCUCUCAGACUCACCCAACUCUCAGAGGAUGCCAGCUGGGACAGCCCCAUCACGGACUUCUACUUCCAGCAGUGUGACUAGGGCAAUGUGCCCCCAGAACUCCCUGGGCAGAGCCAGCUCAGGCAGGGGUGAAGGUGGAAGAGGACACUGAUGGCAGCCACCCCCUCUGCUCUCAGGGACCCCACCUCUGGCUGCGCAUUUGGCCACUCUCCCUUUUGGUUCCCAGUUUGGGUGAAUUCUUUUGCGAUUCGGGGCUUAGGCCACAGUUUCUUUCCCUGUUGGGUGCUGCUGCUCUCGUGGCACCUUGCAAAAACCAUAUGAGAUGAACUGGGAGUCACAUAAAAAGGUUCCUUACGGGUCAGGGUGCAGGGAGUGGUAGAAAUCCUUCAUGCUUUAUGGUAACUCAGCCAGUACCCCUGAGCCCACAGGGCAGCCCAUCCCAGUUGAGCCUAUUAGGGCCACUAGCUGCCCACAUGAGGUCCUUUCGUGCACCACUGUGCAGGAGAGGGAGGUCAUAGAGUUAGGGGCACAAGGCCCAGCCCCUUCCCUCUUCCCUUUAACUCAGCUGACAUUGUAUGCUAUUUUUUUCCAUCCUAUCCUUGUGCUCUAGCCAUGGCAGGAGAGGGUGGUGGUGUGUGAGGAAGUGGCUCCAGCUCAGAAGACUGAAGAAUGGCCAGGCAGGCAUGUCAUACAUUCUGAGACCCGAGAUACCAUUAAAAUCCAAGAUGCUGGUGUCCACUCACAUGGAAAGAUUCUUACGACGUAUUAAGUAAGGAGAGCAAAUUACAAAGUCGCAUAUCCUAUAAUUUCAUUUUAAUUAAAAAAAAUGCCUAUCUAUAUAUUUCUGCAUAGAAAAAAGUCUGUAAGAGUUUCCUUCGAUUUUAGCAAUGUUGGAGUGGUGGUAUCACAGGUGAUUCUUCUUUUUGUUCUUUUAUUUAUUUGCAUUUUUCUAAUUGUUAUACAAUGAAGAUGGAUUCCUUGUGUAAUAAGUAAGUUAACCUUGAGGAAAACAGAGCAGACAGUAUUUCUGAUGGUCCUCCGCAUCCACUUCCUUGAGUAAAAUUCAUGUUGAAUUAAGAUCUGCUGCUCUGAGCAGCAGUAGUGAGAAUGAGAAAACAGACCUCAACAGAGCUGCCAAGAAAAAGCAUAAGUUAGUUAGUGUGGUUGGAAUCUCCUGGAGAAGGAAUUUACAGAAAGAACCAUCCUGGACCUGGAGUGGUCACAACUCCCUGAGAUUUCAGAGUGUGGGUUUCAGCCUCCAAAGGGACCUGUGCUGGUUGAAUAGUGUUCCCCCGGAUUCGUGUCCUUCUGGGAACCUUAGACCAUGACCUUAUUUGGAAAUGGGUUCUUCGCAGAUGCAAUUAGUCAAGAGGUCAUGUUGUAUUGGGGGAGGGGGGCGGCACGCUCUAAAUCCAACACGGCUGGUAUCCUUGCAAGAAGAGGAAAGGACAAACAGAGACCCAGAGGAGACCCAGGAAGAAGGCCAUGUGAAGAUGGAGCCUGAGAUUGCCCUCAUGCAGCAGUAAGGCAAGAAAUGCCAUGACUGAGGCAAUCACCAGAAGUGAGGAAGAGGCAAAGAAGAAUUCUUUCCAAACCCUUCAGAAGGAGUAUGGCUCUCUAGUCUCCUGAACUGUGAGAGAACAAAUUUUUGUUGCUUUAAACCACCAACUUUGUGGGGAUUGGUUGUGGCAGCCCUAUGAAUUAACACAGCUGCUGAUGACCCCAUCUCACAGUGUCUGUGUCCCCUCCCACAUUGUACCCACGUUGUCUCUGUGACCAACAGAACAUGGCAGGAAUAAUACUAUGCCAUUUCUGAGAUUUGGUUAUAAAAGACUGUAGGUUUUAUCUUGUUUUCUCUGUUUCUUUGUUCACUUGCUCUGGGGGGAAGUUAGCUGCCAUGGCAUAAGCAGCUCUGUAGAGAAACCCAUGUGUUGAAAAAUGAAGCCUCUUACCAACUGCCACAUGAGUGCAUUUGGAAGCAGCUCCCCCAGCCCCAGUCAGGCCUUCAGAUGAGGCGACCCUGGGGACAGCUUGACUGCCACCUCAGGAGAGACUCUGAAGCAGAACCACCUGGCUAAGCUGGUCUAGAUUCCCAAACCCCCAGAAACUGUGCUAGAAAAUACGUGUUUGUUGCUUUCAGUUGCUAAGUUUCAGGGUCACUAGUUACACAGCAAUAGAUAACUAAUACACAGGAAAGAGAAAUAAACACAUUUCUUUUAUUAUGA